UUUGAUCAGUGUUCAGAACUCAGCGUUGGAGGUUUCAGGAAGGUUCGUGCGAGUUGCAUUUUUUUUUAUAUCAAAAUGAGUGGCCGUGUCCCGGGUGCUUCUAAUUUAGAGUAAGUUAUUGCCCCACAUUCUCUGCAGAUCAACCAGUGACAGCGCGACCUGCUGUUUUUUACACGUGUCUGCUUUACGGCACUCACGUAAUAACGUGAGUCCAUAGUGCGAAUGGGGCUGCAUCAUUUACAGAGGUACUGUACGAGAACAUUUGUUAAAAACAUAUUCAUACAUCUACCAACACUCGUAUCUAGUCGAAACAUGUCUUCUCAAAUGAAACGACCAGUAACUUUACUUGGAACCAUGGCAUUUGGAGGGCGAGCAGACGCAGAAAAGAGUUUGGAAAUGGUGAAAUGUUUCAUUUCGCAUGGCCAUAAAGAAAUAGACACAGCCUACAUGUACACGGAUGGCCAGGCAGAAACAAUCCUUGGGGGGAUGAAUCUUGCUAAAACAGUGAGCUUGGCCACCAAGGCGAACCCCUGGGGUGGGAAAACGCUGAAGCCGGAGUGCUUGCGUGACCAGCUGGAAACCUCCCUGAAGAGACUCAACACAGACUGCGUGGACCUCUUCUACCUCCAUGCCCCGGACCACCAGAACCCCAUCCAGGAUACACUGAGAGCCUGUGACCAGCUCCACAAGGAGGGUAAAUUCAAAGAGCUUGGCCUUUCAAACUAUGCUUCGUGGGAAGUGGCUGAAAUUGUGUGCAUCUGCAGACAUAACAACUGGCUUGUUCCCACUGUCUAUCAGGGAAUGUAUAAUGCAACAACAAGACAGGUCGAGACGGAGUUGCUGCCGUGUCUGCGGUCCAAUGGCCUCAGAUUCUAUGCAUAUAACCCAUUAGCAGGGGGCUUGCUUACUGGAAAGUAUCACUUCGAGGACAAAGAUGCUUCCCAACCCGAAGGACGUUUCUUUGGCAAUGAGUGGGCAACAGCAUAUAGGAACAGGUACUGGAAGGAGAGUCAUUUCCAGGCUAUCGGCUUGGUUAUUCAAGCAUUGGAAACAGCGUAUGGCUCAGAGAAACCCAGUAUGACAUCCGCCGCUAUUCGCUGGAUGUACCACCACUCCCAGAUCAAGGGUGAUCAUGGCGAUGGAGUCAUCAUUGGCAUGUCGAGCAUGGAGCAGCUACAGCAAAACCUGUCUGCAUCAGAAGAAGGCCCUCUGGAUGAGAGAGUGGUGGAAGCAUUUAAGCAAGCAUGGGACCUUGUGGCCCAUGAGUGUCCGAAUUACUUUCGUUAAAAAUAAUUGCGUAGAUAUUUCAGAUAACAAAUCUACUUGAUUUCACAGCUUAGGCACUAAACCAAAUAAAAAAUGAUUACAUUUGUAUGGAUAAA